AUGGUGACGGGUUUGACCACUCAAACUGUUAAAAAUGUAGGUGACGAAUCUGUUCUUGACUUUCACGUGGAAGAAAAUCUUGGAAAUAGAGAACCAAAGGAUUUUUGGUUAGAGAUGAGACAUAAUUCAAAUAUUAAUUAUUUGGCCAAUAAAACUAAUUCUAUCAAUCAAACCAUGAGAUCUACGAUGGCAAUUUUAUCAGGCCUACUCUAUUAUCAAGAAUCCAUCAUAGAUACCAGCACAACUGAAGAGUCUAUACCUGGGAAACAUAUCUUGAAAUUAGAUGAUAUAUCACUAAUUUCUAGCAACCGACCUAAUAC